AUGAAUAGCGCCGCGUACGGAUCGAAGCACUUCAAUGCAAUUGGACAAUAUGGUGAGAGUAGCUCAAAAAUCCUUUUGGAAGAACGCCUAUACGGAUAUGAGGUUUCGGCGCUCUGUUUCACUGAUGGUACCUCAAUCGCUCGUAUGCCGCUGGUUCGCGAUCAUAAGAGACUGCUUGAGAAUGAUAUGGGACCGAAUACCGGUGGCAUGGGUGUCGUCGCUCCUGUGAGCCUUCCUGGGAAUGUGGACCGAGAAAUCGACCGCAUACUAAAGGACACCGUCGCCUCAUUGAGAAAAGAUGGUAUCAUUUACAAGGGAGUGAUUUACGCCGGCCUCAUAGUGACAGCGAAUGGCCCGCAACUUCUGGAAUACAACUGCCGUUUCGGAGAUCCUGAAACAGAGGUCAUCAUGAGACUACUCAAGUCGGAUCUCUUCUCAAUCUGCAUGGCAUCUGUCAAUGGCAGCCUUUCCCAGGUGGAUAUCCAAUGGGAUGACAGAUAUGCCUGUGGCAUUGUGCUUGCGAGCAAGAACUACCCUUAUAGCAGUGACAAAGGCACUCCGAUCGAUUUUACUGACGAAUCAGAGGACACCGUCGUUUUCCAUGCAGGGACUAGAAAAUCGAAAGAUGGAAGAGUGGAGACGAAUGGUGGAAGAAUUCUAUGUGUGACGGUUCUCGGGCAUACACCGCCUGAGGCGCGUCUUGAGGCGAUUCGCGUUAGCGAUGCCAUUCACUUCGAAGGGAAGUUUUUCCGAAGAGACAUUGGUCUUGAAAAGCAAAGCUCUAUAAACUCAGUGACCUAUGAAGACUCUGGAGUCAAUAUCAGUGAGGGGAAUGCGUUCGUAAAUGAUAUCAAAGAACUGGUGAAAACCACUCUGAGAGAAGGAACAGAACAGAUUGGUGGAUUUGGAGCUGUUGUUGAUCUGAAGAAGGCUGGCUUCCGAAAUGGUGCAGAGUUGGUUAUUGGUAUAGACGGAGUUGGAACGAAAAUCGAGAUAGCCGAUGCCAUGAGAGACUACUCAGGUGUCGGAUAUGAUGUUGUUGGCAUGUGCGUCAAUGACGUCCUCUGUCACUGUGCCGCACCGAUCGCUUUUGUGGACUACUAUGUUAGCGGACGACUGAACAGAGAAAAAGCCCGAGAGGUGGUCGCUUCUAUCGCCAAGGCCUGUGUUGAGUGUGACUGCAGCUUGGUUGGUGAGUUGCAGUAA